AUGUGGCACAACACAUUGCUGUUCGUGGUGGCCGCUGACCAACACACCUCUACAAGGCCUCUGCCUCACUACUCUCCUCCCAGCAGUCCAGUCACUAAGAGAUCUAAACUCUCGUUGGAGGAUAUAUUGUUGCUCUUUGUAAACACUUGUAUUUUUAAUGUGUUUAAACAGCCAACUUCUGUUUGCCAACAGCCGGAUCUGUUGUCAAAGAAUAUAAAGUUGGAACCUCUAGAUGUGGACCUGAAGUCUACACUGCCAGAGAUCACACCUCACUACAAGCCUCUGCCUCACUACUCUCCUCCCAGCAGUCCAGUCACCAAGAGAUCUAAACUCUGGUCUGAGGAAGAAGCUCUCAGUACUAUAAUGGCAACAAAAAAUCAAAGGACGAAAGUCUACUCUGGAAAUAAAACUGGAUAUACGAAAGUUCCUUCUCUGUUUGAUUUAUGCAUCCAGGUGUUACGAGACAAUAUUGAAGCCCUGGAGUACACCGGAGGAGUUCCGUACGAUCUACUUAAGCCAGUACUGGACCGAGCAACAGCUGACCAGCUCUAUCAGUUGGAGCACUACAAUUCCUAUCUCAUUGGGGAUACAGAUGGCCUUUGGGAGUUCCACUGCAACAAGGACUUCAGAGGCAAGAAGCCUGACGAGUACGAGACGUGGAGAGAACUGUACCUGCGAUUGCUGGAUGAAAGAGAAAAGAAGUUGGAAGCCCUGAAAGCUAACAUAUCACAAUCCAUGGCCAAGUCGACACCGAUCAGACAAACCAAGUUAGCUUAUGUGGACAGUGUCGUCAAGCCUCCUAGAAAUGUCGCAAGGAAGCAGAUGAAGUUCGGCACCCAGAAAGCAGUGAAGCACGAACUCGUGUCCAAGGCAAUGGUGGGGGCGGCGGGGGCUUCCAGCAGUUCCCCCGCCCCUGACGUGGUUCCUGUUCCUUCCCCCGGACCAUCGCGGUCCAGGUCGGACUUCCCCAUACCUAACUUUUUAAAAAAGAAGAAAGCUCCAUUAAUGGCUAAAGCAUUACAACUGAUCAAAGGCAACCGGUUCAAGAGGUGAUAAUACUUGACGGCUAAAGUUACGCAACUACCAAAAGGCUGAUUGCAUCACACAGCAGAUCUAAAAGAGUGUUGAGUGUGAAACACAUGUAGUUAAAUUUAUUUCGAGAUUAUUUGUUAAUACGUGCGCUUGCAUGUGUCAACAUGCCCUGUCUGUAUAUGUCUCCAUACAAAUGAAACUACCACUAUUUGAAUUAUAUCGUAUGAAUGAGUGAUGUAUGCUAUGUAUACCGAAAUAUUUACAUAAUCAGCUAUAUAUCAUAUUUUUAAAUUUUUAGAAAAGUUUAUUAUUGUACCGAAAUAAUGACGUAAGUUAGUUUGUAGUUUUUAUGGUUCAUAGUCGAGGUAUUCGUAAUUUAAGCUUAUUUUUAUAAAAUUAAUAAUUUGUACAGUAGAACAGAGUAAAGUUGUGAUUCGUUUGUGAUCAUCACAAGUUUCAACAGUUUUAUUAACUUUGAAACGGUUACGUGGUAUUAGUGUAAGUGCGAUUUUAUUUUACAGUGUUAUUAUUAUUUUUAUUUAAGACUUUUGAAUGGAGUAGACUGUUAUUAAAAUAGGCGUUAAUUAAAUUAUUACUAAACUAUAAUUUAUUUUAUAAACAUUAUUGUUUUUAUUUAAAACGAUUUGUUAAGUUUAAGAUUUCCUUGUAAUUAACUGGUCUUGACACUUCUUAUUCUUAUAAAAGGACUUAAUAUAUUUUUAAACUUUGUCACUGAAGCAAAUGCAGCAUUACUACUAUAA